AUGGGAGAAGAACAACUAACAUUUAAGUUUAUUCUUGUUGGAGAUUCGGGUGUUGGAAAGACAUCCAUGUGCAAGAUGUUUUGCGAAAACAUCUUUGAAGAAAAUCAAACACAGACAAUUGGUUUAGAAUUCAGUCGCCGCACUGUCGACAUUAAAGGAAAUACAAUAAAAAUACAAUUUUGGGAUACAGCAGGCCAAGAGAGAUUCCGCUCUAUAACUAAAUCUUAUUUUCACUCAGCUGCUGCUGUUUUCGUUGUUUACGACGUUUCGAACCGCAAUUCAUUCAAUAGUGUAGGCGAUUGGAUUAAUGAUGCAGUUAAUCUUUCACCUCCUAAUUCAGUUAAGGUAAUGAUUGGAAACAAGACAGAUUUACUUUCUAAGAGAGAAGUUCCUUUUGUUGAAGCCAAUGACCUUGCAACUCAACAUAAUUUUGCAUAUUACGAAACAUCUGCCUUAUCAGGCGAUAAAUUAGAAGAAACAUUUCUGAAAACAGCUGAAAAGGUUUACAAUACAGUUUCUGCAUUCAAAAUAGAUUCCGUUUCAUUAAAACGUGAUAGUAUUGACCAACCUUUAGACGAAAUCGUAAUAGGAGGAGGUUCAAAGUUCCCAUGUUGUUAA